ACUAUUCUCUCUCUCCCUCUCUCUCUCGCUUCAAUGGCUUCCUUCUCUCCCCUCCUCCUACUGGUCUCCCUCUCAGUUCUUCUAAUCUCUCCCUCUCAGGCAGCCACCGCCUGCUCCUCCACCAAGUUCAAGAACAACAAGGUCUUCGCCAACUGCACCGUCCUCUCCUCCCUCGACGCCCAACUCCACUACACCUACAACGCCACCAACUCCUCCCUCGCCAUCGCCUUCGUCGCCGCACCAUCCAAGCUCGGCGGCUGGAUCGCAUGGGCCAUCAACCCCACCGGCACCAAAAUGUCCGGCGCGCAGUCCAUAAUCGCCUACACCAAAGAAGACGGCACCCCCACCAUCAAAACCCUCAACAUCACCUCCUACAGCAUCAUCACUCCCGGAAAGUUGGCCUUCGACUUCUGGGACACCAGCGCCGAGCUCAACAAUGGAACCCUAACCCUCUUCGCCACUGUUAAAGUUCCCGAGAAGGCGGAGACAGUGAACCAGGUCUGGCAGGUCGGCCCUGGAGUCAACAAGACCACUGGCUAUCUCAUGAAACACGACUGCGCCAAAAAUCUUGCAGCGUUCGGUCCUUUGAGCUUGGUGGCCACCGGAACUAGCAGCAGUUCCUCCACGACAAACGCCACUAGUGGUGGCAGCGCCACGAACACCACGAGUGGUAAGAGUGGAGCGCCAUUGAGGAUUGGGGAUGGAGGACACGUGAGUUUGUUCUCUAUUUUGGUUUUGGUCCUUGCCACUCUUAUUGUUUUCUAGAUUUGGACCUUCACCUUCUCUUUUGUUUUGUUAUUUUUGAACUUGGCUCAGAAAUUUUCGAUUUUCUUGUAAUCCCUCCCACAUGGAGCUUUCAUAUAAUUUUAGAUGGAAGAAUAAUAUUGAUUAUUUGCUCAUUAAAUGUGAUCUAGAUCUGUCACGAAAUGUACCAUUUGAUGAUUCAUCAUUGUCAUUUCACUCAUUUGUCAAUAAUAUGAUAUGAUAUAUGGUAGACUUUU